AUGACUUUACUGGUUGCAUCACUCUAUUUACCUUAUAAGCCUCAAUUUGAUGUGGAAAAUGUAGAGAAUAUUACAAAGGACCUGUUGAAGGAUAAGCAUGCAGAAGAAGAGAGCAAUACUAUCGAAAACAUUCGACCAAUUAAUAGAGUAAUUUCUCCAGUGGGAACUCCUUAUAGGGAAAAUGUAUUAAAUCCCGAUAAUUUAUCUCAGGAUUCAUUGAUUUUAAAUACUGAACACUUUAAAAGAAAUCAAUCAACUACGGCAAUCGAUAGGCAAGUAUCUUCCGAACAAGUUAUGGAAAGUUUGACAUCAAAUGCUCCUACUAAUAUUGGAUCACCACCUCCUAACCUUUAUCCAACUAAUUCAUCAGUAGAGAAUUUUUUUGGUAGCUCUACUAAUAUUACAAUGAAUAGAUCGGCUUCUCCUUCUAGAUCUUUACCACCACAACCUUUGAAAUCUUCAAUAUGUGAUGAUCCAACAGAAAGUUUACUGAAAAGUGUUAAUAAAUCGUUAUUAAAACAUAGUAUUCAAAAUAGACAAAAAACUGGACAGCAACAACAACCUUCUUUGAAAAGACUAAAUUCAACUUUAAAAUAUUCUUCUUCCAAAAUUGUACCUACUUCUUUACCACCUCAUAUACAACAAAUUGAUUCUGAUUUAGAUGAUAAUAAAAGUAUUAUGAAUGAAACAACAUAUGAUGUUCCACCAUUUGGUGGGAUUUCAAAUCAAGAUCCUACAUUAAAGGCUAAAAUAUUAGAUAAUUCACAUACGUUGUUUGAAGAUUUACCUUGUAAUUUAAUUCCAAAUGAUAUGAAAGGAAAUGGAUCCUUAAAAAAUGCAAUUAAUAGUUUUAUUACACAAAAUACAAUGAAAGAAUUUCCUGAUGAUCCUUUAGUAAAUCAUGUAUCUUGGAUUGGUACAAUGGGUAUUGCAACAGAUGAAUUGUCGGAGGAGACAAUUCACGGUAUUGUUUCUACUUAUAAUUAUGAUUUUAAUUGUUUCCCUGUAGUAACAGACGAUACUACAUUUAGAGGUUGUUAUAAAAAUUAUUGUAAACAAAUAUUAUGGCCUACUUUACAUUAUCAAAUUCCUGAUAAUCCUUUAUCAAAGGCCUUCGAGGAUCAUUCAUGGAAAUUUUAUCAAAGAGUAAAUCAAUUGUUUGCAGAAACACUUAUAGAACAAUAUAAACCUGGUGAUACAAUAUGGAUUCAUGAUUAUCAUUUAAUGUUAGUACCAAGGAUGGUUAGAAAUAAGUUACCAACUGCUAAAAUUGGGUUUUUCCUUCAUAUUUCUUUUCCUAGUAGUGAAGUUUUUAGAUGUUUAGCUCAUAGAGAAGACAUACUCGAUGGUCUAUUAGGUGCAAAUUUUAUUGGUUUCCAAGUUAAAGAAUAUUUAAAACAUUUUAUUCAAACAUGUAGUAGACUAUUAAUGGCAGAUACUAUAGAAAAUGAUACUGUGAUUGAAUAUCAAGGAAAUUUUAUUAAAAUUGGGAAUAUCCCAAUAGGGAUAGAUGCAUUAGAUCUACAAUUGCAAUUAUUUAAAGAUGAAACAGUUAAAGAAUGGAGAAAUGCCAUUAGAGAACGUUGGAAUGAUACAAAAUUAAUUGUCUCUAGAGAUCAAUUUGAUAGAGUAAGAGGAUUAGUACAAAAAUUGACUGCGUUUGAGAAAUUCUUAUUAGAUAAUCCCAAAUAUAUUGGCGAAGUCUCUUUAAUUCAAAUAUGUAUUGGAUCCUCCAAUGACGAAAAUCUGAAGAAACAGAUCGCAAUUAUUGGUGAUCGUAUCAAUGAACUUACAGUAUCUAUUGGCGAUACACCACCGGUAGUAUUCUUAUAUCAAGAUCUUUCAUAUGAACAGUAUUUAGCUUUAAAUUCUGAAGCUGAUUUAUUUUGGGUGAAUUCACAAAGAGAAGGUAUGAACUUAUCAUGUCAUGAAUUUAUUGCUUCAUCAUUAGAGAAAAAUGCACCAUUAUUAUUAUCAGAAUUCACCGGUAGUGCCUCAGAAUUAGCAGAUGGUUCGUUAAUAAUCAACCCAUGGGAUAUUAAGUGUGUCUCUGAAGCAAUUAAGAGAGGAAUUCAAUUACCCAACAUUGAAAAACGAUCCAAUUGGAAAAAUCUGUUGAAAACAAUUAUUGUUUAUGAUUCCGAUAAUUGGAUCAAAAGAAAUUUAAAUUCAAUUAAUAUGUCUUGGAAGGCUAAUGAGGAAAGAUCUACAUUGUUUAAGAUGAAUUUGACUUCUUUGCAAACUCAAUAUAACAAAUCUGAAAAGAGAUUUUUUAUUUUAAAAAUUUCAAAACCACCAUUAGCAAGAACUUUAGAUAUUUUAAACGAGUUAGCAUCAGAUAAGGCAAAUAUUGUAUUUGUUUUAAGCUCAUUUUCAAAAUCUGUGUUAGAAAUUCUUUACAAUAGGUCACCCAAUGUUGGAUUACUAGCAGAAAACGGUGCAUAUAUCAGAAUAGAUGAUAAUUGGUACAAUAUGGCUGAUCAAAUUGAUUGGAGAACUGAUGUAAUCAAAAUCUUUGAUGAUAAAAUGGAAAGAUUACCAGGGUCAUAUUACAAAGUUUCAGAUUCCUUGGUGAAAUUUCAUACUGAAAAUGCAAUUGAUAAAGAACGUGUUAAAGGAACAAUUGGUGAUAUUAUUACACAUAUAAACUCAACUUUUCAAGAUAAAGACGUUCAUGCCUAUGUUCUUAACGAUAUCAUUUACGUGCAACAAAAAGGGUUGGCAGUCCAAGCUUUACAAUUUCUAUUAAAUUUUUACAAUAGUGCUACUAUGAAUAAUGAAACUAAUAACAACACCAAUGAAACUAAUAAUGUUAGUAGUGUUGCUGCAAAUUUUAAGAAAUUACUGUCACACACAACAAAGAUCACUCAACCAAAAACAGACACAGAGACUAAGAGCGAUAACUCAGGCAAGAUGUCAAUGAUACCAAUAGAUUUCAUGCUAGUUGCUGGCUCUUCAUCCCCCAUUUUAGAACCUAUUUUUAAUGUAAUAAACAAAUGUAGUAAAAAUGGCGAUUUCAAGUUUGGACAUACCAUUACCUACGGUAGAGGUUCUGUUUCCACAUUUGCAAAGGAACAUAUUACUGGUCUUAAUGAAUUGUUGAAUUCCUUGUCCCGAAUAUCUAAUUCUUAA